AUGUUCCAAUUCUUUUUCUAUGUUGGAUGGCUCAAAGUGGCUGAAUCAAUGAUUUGUCCUUUUGGAGAAGACACAAGAUCUCUUUUGGGAUUCGAUCAGUGCCGAACUACCGUAUACCCAGGGAGCGUCCAAAUAUCGUGCAGAUCCGUUUGUCGGCUCAACAAUGGCUAUGGAGUUAGCAAAAUAUUAAUUAGGUAUUUGAAUUAUAUAAUGUAUGAUAAUGUCUUCGAAGCAUAUCCGGUCAUGCCGCUGAGUGGGAGGUGGAGCAGAUGCCGGCCAUCACUGAAGAGGACUGUCAUGGUUCAAAUAAGAAUAUCACGUGAUGAUGAUCGUGACAGUGUAUAUAGUCGGGAAUAUGAACGACGUCAUCGCAGACGGCUCGGCGCUCUUCUUCUUGGCUACUCUCGACAGUCGCUCUCCUCGCGGUUUGGCUCACGUAAAAGCGUGAACUCAGUCCCGUCAAGAUGCCUCGGCCGAUCUCCACCUCAGGCUAAGCUUUCGCUCGCCGAAUAG